AUGGCAAUGGAAACACAAACACAUCUCAUAGAAGCCAUGUUGACGGAGGUUCUAGCGAGACUGCCCUUGAGAAGCAUCGCGAGGUUCAAAACGGUGUGCAAAACGUGGAAAACGACACUCGAAUCUACGUACUUCCGUCGUCUCUUCGUGUCUGCUCACCGAAACUCCUCUUCCUCAUGGUCACUAGUGUUUGUAUCAAAAGAAAUCAUAGGGUUCCAUGGAUGCGAGACAUGGGAUCUUCCAAAAUCUCCAGCUUCUUUCAUCCCACCGUCUCUUAAACGCUUUAUUUUCGGUUAUCUCAGCUACGCGUGUUCUAGUGGAUUGGUUUUGCUUAAAGACAGCUCCUACUCAAAUGAAUCUUACUGCUACGUGGGCAAUCCAGUUUUAAAACAGUGGAUUCGAAUCCCACCAGCCCCAAGUUACUCCGUUGUGUUAGGUUUGGUUACUCGAUUGGACGAGGAUGGUGUCGUUUCCAGCUUCAAAGUGAUUAGGAUAGCUUCGGUCCAAUCUACGAAUAAUGAUCUCGCCUGUAUUUGGAGAGUGUUUAUUUAUUCCUCCGAGAUAGGGAUUUGGAGUUUCAAGAAAAUUUACAGUCCGCACCAUAUCCAAAACAUGUAUUAUUAUAUUACUCUGAAUGGCACGAUUUACAUUAGCUGUGUGAGUGUGCAUGGAGUAGUACUCUUAUCUCAUGAUUUCUAUUCUGAAUCCAAUGAGUUCCGGGUUGUGAAAUUACCUGAAUAUCAGAGUGACAAGAAGGGCAUCAGAAGAUCCUUGACUACCUCUGGAGGCUUCAUCAUGUAUGUCACAGCAUUUUAUCAAACGGAAGAUGAUGUUUUGAAGAUUUGGAGGUUGAACGAUGAUGAUGAAUCUUGGAAACUUUUGUGGGUAAUCAAGCUCCCGAGUAUCAGUGUUUAUGUACCCAUGGCAAUGCAUCCAUUUGAUAUAGGCACUGUUUAUCUAUGUAGUCAUCAUGAUCGUCAUUUGGUGUCAUGUAACUUGCGGACACUAAACUAUACAAUUCUCAAGGAUGGAUAUCAAGAUUGUUUCAUUGACCAGUCUGUUUGUGACAGCUUUGUGAAUGGGGUAUCUGAUCCAAGAUCAUCUUCAUAUUGGUGGAAUGGAGUUUCAGUCAAGUUCUUACCAUUAGUUCUCCCACGGUGGAUGGGUUCGGUGCCUUGUCCUCCCCAAGCUGAGAUGAUAGAUACAGUUUCACUACUUUCUUAUAUGACUUCAACGGAGAGAACAAUGAAAAAGGAAAAAUCUCAACGACAAUGA